AACAGCAGGCAGUCGCAAUCGAGCCGUCGAGCAUCGAGAACGUAUGAUAGUCACGGUCGCGAUCCAUCGGCGAGUCUUCAGUCUUCAAAGGUUUGCCAGUCAGUGGCUGACGUCGUGUCACACCAGUCCAGGGAAAGGAAACAAUCGCAAAGCUAUUCCACCACCUGUGUUCAUGGCAUCCAGAAUUUCAGAACUCCAGUCGCAAGCGAUCGCCGAACGGGGUGACCGACGAGAUUCGGAGAUGGGUGACGAUUGGGCGGAUACGUUCGUCGAUUCUACUCCAAAAUUUGACCCAAACACUUACAACAAACGCGAAUUAGCGCACAGAGUCUUUGUUCAACCGGAGUCUGCACUUGGAGAAAAUCAAAUUCUAUGGCUUCGACAUGGACUACACGCUGGCAGAAUACAUUUCACCGGCUUACGAGAAAAUGGGAUUCGAUUUAUGCCGUGAUUACCUCGUCACUAUGGGAUACCCGCAAGAAAUUCAGGAGUUUGAGUACGACCCUUCUUUCGCUUUGAGAGGAUUGUGGUUCGAUACGUUGUACGGAAACCUCCUUAAGGUGGAUGCGUACGGCAAUAUCUUAGUGUGUUCAAGGGGAUUUCAAUUCUUAAAACCGUCGGAAAUUUACACGCUGUAUCCCAACAAAUUCAUUCAGCUAGACGAAUCACGUGUCUACGUCCUCAAUACGCUCUUUAACUUGCCGGAAUGCUAUCUGCUUGCCUGCUUAAUUGAUUACUUUAUGGGCCAAAGAGAAGCGCACAGUGACGUGACAUCAACGGGCAUCAAGUUGGGUGACUUGUUCAUGUCUUACAAGUCCAUGUUUCAAGAUGUACGCACAGCCGUUGAUUACGUCCAUCUUAAGGGAGAUCUGAAACGUUUAACGGUUGAAAAUCUCACGAAAUUUGUUCAACGUGAUGACCGUUUGCCGACUUUACUUGUACGUCUUAGGGAAAACGGCGCAAAAGUCUUCCUUUUAACCAAUUCCGAUUACAACUACACCAAUAAAAUCAUGAAGUACAUUUUGGAACCGCUGGAAAAGACGGAAAAUAGCCGUGAAUGGAUGACUUACUUUGAUUACAUCGUGAUCGAUGCUAAAAAGCCGCUCUUCUUCGGUGAAGGAACCGUCCUGCGCCAGGUUAAUACCACGACAGGUGCCUUAAAAAUCGGCACUCAUUUGGGUCCUUUGAAGCCGGGCCAAGUGUAUUCCGGAGGUUCUUGCGAGGUCUUCACUGAUCUAAUUGGUGCCAAAGGAAAAGACGUACUUUACUGUGGUGAUCACAUCUUUGGCGACAUUUUGAAGUCAAAGAAAAUUCGUGGCUGGCGAACUUUCCUCGUCAUUCCCGAGUUGGUCCAGGAGUUGCACGUCUGGACAGACAAAUGCCAGCUGUACACUCGCCUUCAAAAUCUGGACAUCAGUCUCGGAAAUCUUUACAAAAAUCUUGACAGCUCUGCCCAAGUCAAACCAGACAUUAGUAAAGUCCGCAUGGCCAUGCGUGAAGUGACGCACGAAAUGGAUUUGGCUUACGGAAUUAUGGGCAGUCUCUUCCGUUCAGGAUCUCGCCAGACUUUCUUUUCUUCCCAAGUCGUCCGCUAUGCGGACAUUUAUGCUGCAACAGUGCUCAAUCUUCUCUAUUAUCCAUUCAGUUACAUGUUCCGUGCACCAGCCAUGUUGAUGCCACACGAAUCAACUGUGGCUCAUGAGCAGCGUUUAGUCGUUGAAAAUCCAGAAAAGUACUUCCGCUCCCGCCAGGGCUCACUCACGCCCAGUUCAGUAGUCGAUGACAUACCUCCUUCGCCUAGGCCAAAGAUGGAAAGAACUACCAGCAAUGUGCCCCAUGCCAGGGCUGAAACGCCAAGAAAAGUGACGCACAAUCACGACGAAGAUGAUUCUGAAGAAGAAAGCGAGAAAUCUUCGUAAAAUGUCAAGUCUCGUCUCGAAUCCUGAAAUUACGUUUUCGAAAAAAGCUUCAGUCAAACGCAUUCGAUUCUUCCCGUCGAGUAAACUAUUUCAUUUUUUUUAUCUAUUUUUUUUUUCCUUUGUAAAAUUUAGCUCUUAAGCUACACCUUCAAUAGAAGAGCUUGUGUCAGAA